GGUCCAGAGUCCGUUUGCAGAUUCACUUUAUUGAUAUUCAGAUAACUCAAAUAUUACUGUAUAAUUUAAUAUUUCACACGUUAAGUUAUGUUAUUGUAAAGAUGUACACGCACGCUCAGACGCACGCUCGCGGUCGCGCGCCGUGCCGCAGGUAUUGGCUCCGCCCCCUCCACUCUGCCGCUUUAAACACAAUACCGCCGCUUCUCUUCUUCUCUUCUCCGGAGCUGCUCAGUCCAAACCUGCCCCAGCACAGCCGGGAACCCUGCUUCUCCUCCGGCUUCCAGGUCACAGGUCCGUCCUGACCUCUGACCUCUGACCCUGCUGGUUUGUGUCAGCUCAUCUGCUGCCGGUGAUGAAGAAGAUGAGGAUGAGGAGGAGUGCUCACGGCUCAGCUGCACGUGUUGACAUGUGAAAGGAGGGCAGAGGUCAUCGCAUCUGCAACACACACACACACACACACACACGAUGAUUGUGUAUUCGUUGGACCGUCCAGUCAAAGGCUCCCUGAACACAGACCCAGAGGACUGAGGACAUUAUUAUCAUCAUCAGACAGACUUCCUGAAUCAUCUUCGUGGAGUUUAACUUCAAAGAACAUUUUUGUUGAGUCACUUUACAUUUUAUUUUCUUCCUAUUGUUACUUUGCUCCUCUCGGCCCGGCGGUCAUGGCUCUGUCUCCGUGGAUACGAGAAUGGACAGCAGGAAGUUGACUCCUGCGGGGAGUGAGGCCGAGAGACCGAGGACCAGACGGAGAGAGAGAGACAUGUCGUGGAAGAGGAACUACUUUGCAUCGGGCAGUGGUGGCGUUGGGGGCGGCGCUGGUGGCAGCGGUGUUGGCGGUGACGUCGGAGGGAUGCAGGGAAUCUUGACGCCUCGCACCAUGACAUCCAUCGCUCCCAGUAAAGGGCUGAGCAACGAGCCGGGACAGAACAGCUGCUUCCUGAACAGCGCCCUGCAGGUUCUGUGGCAUCUCGAUAUCUUCCGGCGUAGUUUCCGUCAGCUCACGACUCAUAAGUGUAUGGAGGACUCCUGCAUUUUUUGUGCUCUGAAGAGUAUCUUCGCUCAGUUUCAGUACAGCAGUGAGAAAGUUUUGCCAUCCGACGCUCUUCGCAGCGCACUUGCCAAAACCUUCCAGGACGAGCAGAGGUUUCAGCUCGGCAUCAUGGAUGACGCUGCAGAGUGCUUCGAAAACAUCCUGAUGAGGAUUCACUUCCACAUCGCAGAUGAGACCAAAGAAGACAUCUGCACAGCCAGACACUGCAUCCCCCACCAGAAGUUCGCCAUGACACUCUUUGAACAGUGUGUGUGCAGCAGCUGUGGAGCGUCCUCAGACCCUCUGCCCUUCAUUCAGAUGGUCCACUACAUCUCCACCACGUCCCUGUGUAACCAGGCGGUGAAGAUGUUGGAGUCGAGGGAGAAAGCAACUCCCAGCAUGUUUGGAGAGCUGCUGAGGAACGCCAGCAUGGGAGACCUGCGGAACUGUCCGAGUCAGUGUGGGCAGCAGCUCAGGAUGGCCCGUGUCCUCCUCAACAGUCCCGAGAUCAUCACCAUCGGUCUGGUCUGGGACUCUGAUCACUCGGACCUGGCCGAGGACGUGAUUCACACCCUGGGAACCUGCCUGCACCUCGGGGAUCUGUUUUACAGGGUGACGGAGGAGAAGGCUCGACAGGCGGAGCUGUACCUGGUGGGGAUGGUGUGUUACUACGGGAAACAUUACUCCACCUUCUUCUUCCAGACCAAGAUUAGACGAUGGAUGUACUUUGAUGAUGCACACGUCAAGGAGAUCGGUCCCAAGUGGAAGGACGUGGUCUCUCGCUGUAUUAAGGGACACUAUCAGCCUCUGCUGCUGCUGUACGCCGACCCACGGGGGACGCCGGUGUCCGUCCAGGACCUGCCCUCACGCCUCGACCUCCACCACCUCAACAAGGCCUGUUACGACAGCGAAGACUCGGGCCGCGAGCAGUCAAUCUCCAGCGACACUCGCACCGAUUCGUCGACGGAGAGCUGCUCGUACCGACAGCCCUCCCACUCGCACCAUGAGUCCCUGGCCAGUCACUACUCCUCCGACUCCCAGGGAACCGUCAUCUGCAUUGAAUGCCCAGACGGACCCCUGCACGCCUCGCUCUGCAGCCUGGAUACCGUAGGCCACGUGACGGACAGUGAGCAGCACCAGUCUCUAAGGAAGGGAGGCGGGGCCGGAGAUAGGAGGCGGAGCUCUAGUCGCCACCGGCGAUCUAAACACGAAAAUGAAGCUUCGUCGGCCGGUUACCACAGUGAGGGAGAGACUUUAAAGGAGCAGCAGGUUCCUCGUCACCUCCCCAGACCUUCCUCCUCCUUCUCAUCCUCGACCAGUCGCCUCCGAGACUUCAAAGAGACCAUGAGCAACAUCAUCCACAGCCGCCCCCUGUCCUCCUCUUCCUCUUCCUCUUUACCUGCUGCCAUCCUCUCUGAGAUCAACCACCACUCUUCCAACGCCUCCGCUUCCUGCUCCUCCUCCAGUAAACUCCCUGACUGGGAAGCUGACAGCACCAGCAGCGAGUCCAAGUCCAGCUACUCCGGGGGAGCAGGUUCUGGGAGGUACCGGCCAGCAUGGAGGCCACGGAGGGAGGCCCUCAACAUUGACAGCAUCUUCACCAGGCGGAGGCAGGCGGGAUACAGCCCGCUGGGAGCCUCACUGCUCGACGACGCAGGAGCUCCGCCCUCCGUGGGACCUGACACCUCCUUCCCAGAACAGGAGGAGGUGAAGUGUGUCAGGCCGGGCUCCUCCUGGACUCUCCCCAGCAGCCUCAGAGGAGUUGAGGGCGGAGCAGGAGGUGCAGAGCUGCCUCCUGCUCCUCCUCCUCCCCCAAGGCUGAUCCAGAGGAUGGAGAGCGGGUACGAGAGUAGCGAGAGGAACAGCAGCAGCCCGGUGAGCCUGGACCUCAAUCUGGGAGACCGGGAGUGUGUCAUGAAGAAGCCUUCAUCCUCCUCCUCCUCCUCUGGACCGUCAUGGAGGAACAUCCGGUCCAAGAGCAGCGGAGCUCUGCUGCAGGAGCCCGUGCCCCCUGCAGGCCGCAGUGAGCUGGAUGAGUUGCAGGAGGAGGUGCAGAGGAGAGCGAGGGAGGAGGAGCAACAGCGACGACAGGAGAAGGAGAGGGAGGCAGCGCUGGGCUUCAACCCCCGACCCAGCAAGUACCUGGACCUGGACCAGCUGCAGAUCCAGGGUAAAGGUGACACCUUUGAGCGGUGUGUGUCAGAGGCGGAGCUUCUGCUGGACCAAUCAGUGCGUCUGGAGCAGGCAGGCGAGGUCGCCGCUGCGCUGUCGGCUGUCAACGAAGCAGUCUCCAAACUGCAGCUGCUGGCGGCUGAGGGCGGAGCUAGUAGUCACAGCCGGCUGCAGCGCUGUCUGAGGAGAGGCCGCAGCCUGCAGCAGCGCCUGCAGCAGCAGCAGCAGGAGGCAGAGCAACAGCAGCAGGAGGUGCAGCAGCUCCAGGAACAGCCCAGUGAAAAGCCUCUCUCGCUCAAAGUACUUCUGACAGAGGAACAGGACAGCCAGCCAGCCGCCUGUCAUGACCACCAGGCCCCGCCUCUCACUCCCUGCCUCAUGAAGCCCCUCCCUCCCAACACAAAAUGUGACCCCACCUCCAGCAGCAGAGCUCCUAUAGGUUCACCCAGGGAGGACCGCAGGGCCAGGGGCCCCUGCUCUCACUUCGGGAAACCCUUGACUAACACCAGGUCCCUCCCAGCCCUUACCAUGGACACUUGGGAGCAGAGCCCCCUGGGAGAUAUGGCUCCGCCCCCUCCACCUGUGGAGGCAGACCCUACCACCCAGUGGACUGUCCCAGUGUUCCCGUCACCUCUUGCCUCCAACGACAGGUGUCACCUGAUGCUGGAGGAGGAGCAGUAUUACAGCAGGAACCUGCAGGCCAGCGCCCCCGUUUCUGACCCCAAGGUAGCCCCGCCCCUGUCAGCCAACCUGACCAGGAAGUGGUCGUGUUUACACCUGGACCAGCCUGAGGAUGUUGAUUCACCCAUCGACCCACCGAUCAGCCCCGCCCAUCGCUCAACCACAGACUCCCCCUCCCCCGCUCCCCCACCUGUCAGGACCGCCACCUUGUCCCUCGCCGACUACAGAGCGGCGCUGCCUGUGGAGCGCUGGGCAGAAAACGUCAACAGGUAUUACGGCUCCCAGAAUGCAUCAGGAGUAGGCAGCGUGACGGCGCCUGAUGAGGAACUGUCAGAGCUGGACUCUCUGUACCAGGCCAGUCUGCUGGCUCCCAGCAUGCACCGGGGCAGCCGCGGUGUCAGUCCUCAGCCAACCAACAACAGACCAGGUGUGAGGAGGCUGCUGUCCUCACCUGGACGCUCCAAAACACCCACAGCUGAGAUCGAGAGAUACGCCUACAGAUCACCUGUCGCAGCCCAGAAGCUGCCGUCGGGUGAAGACAAGAGCUACAGCGCAGAGAACCUGCGGCGGAUCACCCGCAGCCUGAGCGGAACCGUCAUUGGGUCACGACCCCAAAACGCCUUUGGGCCUUCCCGUAGCUGCGACCCCCCUGUGUCCAGGCCCUCCCUCAGACACACUGACCUGCACUCCUCCUCCCCCCUACGUCGCCCCAGCACCUCCUCUCUGCACCUCCCUUCCUCCACCUCUUUCCCUACAGAUCACUCCUACCACCACCAGCCCCGACACCCCGCCCCCUCAGCUCCUGCACCUCCUCCACAGCACCUCACCUUGCAGACAUCACGGGCCCUGAGCUCGGGCCUCUCCUCAUGGGGACACUCAGGACCUGUACCCAGUGUCCAGCAGCAGGUUCUGGCUGUGCCUGACAGGUGUCCGGCUCUCUCAGGUAAAAGCCUCCACAGCAUCGCGUUGAGUUACGUCACUCUGCCCCGUACUCCUCGCCGAGCGCCACCUCCCUCCACCUCCACCUCCACCUCCACCUCCUCCCUCCCCAGGUCCAGAGCAGACUCCACUCCUGCCCCCCCGCUGGGUCCACAGAGUCUCUAUGCCACCCUGUCCCACCCUCGUCGCCCUGCCAACACCACUAAUGGUCACUACAGGCAGCCGUCGCUGCCCGGUACCAUCAGGGGGUCGGGUCACUGCACUCCUCACCUGCUCCGGGUAUCGGGGGAGGCUCCUCCUCCUCCUCAGCCGCUGCGCCUGGACGUGCCUCCUGAGAGCGACUGGCGGCACGAGGCUGACUACAGGACAGUCCAGCUCAGCUCCUCCUGGGAGCCUCGCGCCACUCGCCACCACCCGUCCCUCCAGAGGACCUCCUCCUACCAGUCUCCUCCGGCCCGGCCCCGCAGAGACCCUCAGCUCUGCUCGCUGUGUCAGCAGCUUCCUGCUGAGCCGGCUCGGCCCUACUGCCCAUCCUGCGGCGCUUACGUGGCUCGAUUCCGCUCAGCCAGCUGAAGGAGACGAAGCUGCAGAAGACCAGGCUUCAUCUUCAGGACCUUCUCAUGACUCGUCCUCCGUCUGGACAACUUGGACGACAUCACACAGACUGACGACUUCAUCGAUCUUUGACUGCGGCUGGACUGAAGCACAUUUACGUUCCUAAUCAGGACACAGAGCGGGUCAGAGGACGGUCCUGAUCCUCCAGGUGGUUCUGAUCCUCUUCUGUAAGACGAGUUAAAAGUUUGAUGAAGAACCUGAAGUUAAGUCAUAAUUUAGAUAAAAUCUACAUUAGGUUUAUUUUGAAAGAAUUCAGAUUAAUUAGUUGUUGAUCAGAUUCGUCUCAGUCAAACUGUUGAUUAAUCAGUUCUCUUCUUAGUCGGUUGAUGAAUGUUAAAGACGUCCUGAUGUGAAUAUUCUGGACCUGCCUCAGAACUUGAAGUGAUAAAUCAGAAACAUUCUGAUUGAUAUUGAUGAGGUAUAGAUUAUUAUAGAUUACAGUUCAGAUUUAUUGAGCUGAUCGGAUUGAUCGAUCGACGUGUCCUAUUCUGACUUUAACAGGAAGUGAAGCAGAUGCAGCAGGAAUUAGAACAUUUGCGAACUUCUUCUUCUUCUCUAUUUAUUUUUGUAGCCUGCCGGACUGAGUUUAGUGUAGAGGAACUUGAUAUUCUGAUAUUUCUCAUAGACGAUCUAAUUUUGUAGUUUGGCCUGUUUGGGACGUGCAGCCUUCUUAUAUUGUACACGAGGCUGAUUCUGUUGUUAGAUGAAGAACUGGAGCUUUUAUUUGAGCAGCUAAUAUUUAGCAUGACGUGUUGUAGCCUGUUGACGCGGCUGUACGUUUACUGUCUGGAUGAUUUCUGCAGAUCUUUGUAGCGCAGCUGCUCCGCUGCAGUAGUUCAGACGUGUGGCCGUAAAUUUGUUUGUGCUCGUUUCUUUUGACAUGUCGAAGCUUCUCGUUACAUUUAGGAGAUUAUGAAGGAACACCUGUUAGAUAACAGCCUGAAGGAGCUGACGUGUCCUCCUGCUGACCCCGCCCGCCUGGUGCUCCAGGUGAGCCAAAACAAACAGACCAAGUACCAGUCUGACAUCACUGCACAUGAUUCCAGAGGUCAUUAUCUUCAGUUCCAACAGCUUGAUUAAUGAUCCCACCUUCUGAUUUAUUGAUUCGUUGGCCUCAAAUCUCUUCUUCUCACUUCCUCUUUUCAAAAUAAAAUCAGACUUUCACAUUAAAGUGUCAGUUCAGACCUGCGUCAUCACAAAAGUCAUGAUUAACGAUGGUGUGACAGAAACGUGUCAAUGAUUCAGAUGAAAGUUGAAAGUUAUUUUCUCAUCAUGUCAGACUUGUUUUGGGCUUCUUGCUUUGCCAGAUUUUAUUUUGUUUGGUAUAUUUUUGAUGCUUAUUUUUCUACACUGUAGAUUUAACAGAUGAUUAAAAAGUUUAAAGUUGA